UGCAGACAUUUCCGGCUUUCAGAACCUCCCUGUGUGAUGGAAGGAGGAGGAGGAGCAGUUGAUGUGAAAAACAACCCUGGACAACAGCACUGAACACUGGCACUGGCACUGACACUGAAAUCCCAUACACAGCCCCAAGCAACAUGCUCCAGCAUCUAUGGAUCCUACUGCUGGCCUGCCAGCUCACCUGCGGGACACCAGCACCAACAAAUGAUGACACAGAGGAAAGCCCAGCACCACCGACAACGCAGAAUCCAGGGGGCUUAACAACUCUUUACAAUGAACCGGUGCAACCUCUAGAGAAGGUCAAUGUGGCUCAGCCGGUGGUCAGCAUCAGUGAGAGAGUCCAAGCCAAGCCCCGUGAAAAGAAGGAUCUGGGCACACUAGGUUAUGUUCUUGGCAUCCUAAUGGUGGUGAUUAUUAUAGCCAUUGGCAGUGGCAUUGUGGUUGGAUACAUCUACAAGAGGGGCAGAGAUAUAAAGAAGCAGCAUGAGGAGCAAAUAGAAGAAAGGCGACAACAGCGGAUCAAUUUACCCCUCUCUGCUUUCUUAAAUCCAACAUGUGACAUUGUAGACGAGAACACGAUCGAGGUAUCCUCCAAUCACACCCCCAACGCAGUACAGGAGGGUGUCGUACCCCUAAUAAGCAGUGCUGGUACCCCAGGAGCAUGAGGGGAGGUGCAGCCCCAUGUGAACAAACAGUACCCCUUGUUGUGGAAAUGUUGGAAGCAUUAUCCCAUUUUAUUAUGCUGUGGCACAUGCCUAGCGGACUGUGGAAGGAGAGUUGUAUUCAUUAGCCACAUUAUCUCAUUUGGAUAGUAAGGGGCAUGAAUUUCUACAUAUCCAGUGACGCUUCAGAUCGGGUGCAGACUGAGCUGGCCAGUGUUUUUACUUCCAAGGCCAAGACAUGAUUACUGUAAUUGCCCUUUACCUCCUUUAUCCUGAUGUGGGGGUUCCAGAUGAUCCGAGUGUUGGAAGUUGGCUGCCAGUAGCAGCUUCUGUAUUCCUAAAGACAAAGCCUUGUAGAAGCCAAUGGUGAUCAUCUACAGGCUGUAAUAGAGGUUGUGCUGUACGACAUCCUUAUUCUUGUGUAUGUGUACAGGGACGCAGUACUAUAUUCCCAUAACAUGUAUCACUAUCUUUUCUGAGACCAGGGUUCUUCCUCUUAAGUGUGCUGCUAAAGUUUAUAAAUGGACAGAGACGGAUGUACAAAUUGUAAGAAAAUUGUUUAUUGGCCUUUCUUUUUUUGUACAUGAAUGUUGCAUUUCUAUAAAUAAAGAGUAAUCAGGCAGUGCCUGAUGAUCAAAC